UUGUUGACAGUUUCAGUUUCAUUGCAAAUCGUAUUCUGUUAUGUAUUAUAAGCCAGUUUAUUGAUUGUGUCAUUGUGUGACAACACGUGAAAAUAUUUGAUGUUCAUAAAUUUCCCCCCUUUUUAAGUAAUUUUUACUGUUUUGUUAGAUUUUACACCCAAUUCUACAAUGGCAGAAAAAGAUGAGAAAAGUCCAAAUGAGCCUGAUGAUGAGAAAAAUCCAGACAAAAAGGUUGACCCAAGUGAGAUGGGUUUAGUGGAUUUGAUGAAAUAUCUCGAAACGAAAGAACCACCAAAACAAAUAUUAUCCUCUGUUGACUUGGAAGGGAUUGUCAAAUUGAUCAAGGAUAAAAAGGCUACCCAAAUCAUCACAAUGGCUGGGGCUGGAAUAUCAACAUCUGCUGGUAUCCCAGACUUCCGAUCUCCAGAGACGGGACUUUACCACAACUUAGAGAAAUAUGACCUUCCUAAUCCACAGGCCAUAUUUACUUUGGACUAUUUCAUGAUGAACCCUGAACCCUUCUGUAUGUUGGCAAGAGAACUUUGGCCAGGGAUAUUUAAGCCUACUCCAUGCCAUUACUUCAUAAAGAUGCUGAAUGAAAAAGGGCUGUUAAAGCGUCACUAUACACAGAACAUUGACACGUUAGAGAGUGUAGCUGGACUGGAAGAGGAGAAGCUUGUAGAGGCUCACGGCUCGUUCCGCCUGGGUCACUGUCUGGUGUGUAAUGCUGAGUACACUCAAGACUGGAUGAAGGAAAGGAUUCUUGGCAAGGACAUGAGAAUUCCCAAAUGUGAAAGAGAUGGUUGUGAGGGGACUAUUAAGCCAGACAUUGUUUUCUUUGGAGAAAGCCUACCCAACAGAUUUGUACAGUGUGUCUCAAAGGAUUUUAAAAGUUGUGACCUUUUGAUAAUUAUGGGAACCUCUUUAACCGUGCAACCAUUUGCAUCACUGACAAGCAAAGUUUCAGAGGAAACUCCAAGAUUGUAUAUCAACCUAGAGAAGACUGGAUGUGGGCCAACCAAUCCCUUUGCUAUGUUAAUGUUUGGAGGUGGAUUUAAGUUUGAUGAUGAAGAUAACUAUAGAGAUGUUUUCUUGGAGGGAACAUGUGACGAUGGUUGUUACAAGUUGGCUGACAUGUUGGGAUGGGGAGAUGAGCUUCGUCAAAAAGUGAAACAAGAGCAUGAAAGAAUUGAUGCUGAAAAGAAGAAAGAGACCAAAACGACUUCUUCAAAAAAAAAUAAUUCUACUGCUAAAAAAGGAUGCUGCACUUCAUGAAAUUGAUAUAAGCAAGUUAACAUUACAUGCAUGGAAGCACUAGAGCUGCAGAUUUACACCAAUGUAACUGUUUGAGAAAGUUUAUUUAUUGGUAUUAAUAGAACAGUGUUUAUUCAUUUUAGUUAUAUUUUUCUUCUGUUGUUUUUUAAACUGUUUGUGGUACAAUGUAUAUAUAUCCCUUUGACAGAAAAUACAUUGUGCAUCUUAAAUACACAAUUUAAUUUGCAGAGAAUUAAUAUAAAUGUAUAUUCUUGAUGAAUUAUUUAAGGAGUGAAUUUAAUAGCUACCUAAUUUAUACUUCUAUACAAUGGGUUGGGGCAGUUUAAUUACACUUUGUUAACCAUGAAUUUGAUUAAAUGAAUUGAUUGAAAUUAAUUUUUUGCAAAAUCCAAACGUAAUGUCACACGGAUUGAUACAUUUUUUACUUUAGUCUUACAGACUUAAGUAAUGUAGACAUCUCAACAUCCAUUCUUUGCAUCGGUAUGAUAAAAAAAAUUAUCCAGUCGGAAGGGGUGUAUUAACCAGCAUUAAAUUAUCUUAGAAUAUUUCAUUCUGAAUCAAUGCUUUUUAUCCUCUUUUUUUGUUUUUUGUUAUCUUGUGAUGAAAAAAAGUGCUAUUGAUUAGAUUUAAAUGAACAUGUCUAUUGAUGAAUACAUAUUAUAUAUACCGGUAUAUGUAAAAAAUUUUUUUAGUCAUUAUGAUUAUCAAAAGCAUUUGUGCAUGUGUAUGCACGAGAGCAAACUGUGCAAUAUUUUUUAAGUUUUCUGUGUGUGAUUUUAGUACAGUGUGUGUACAUGUAUUUUUCUGUGUAUAUGUUAACCUUUUUUUAAAAUGUGUCACUAACAUUUUGAAGAUGUUCAUUAAAGAAGGGAAGUUUUCAAUUAAUCAGUAAUUCAAUUAUAUGCUGAUUUUCUCUGUCUCAGUAACUUGCACCUGUAAAGGAUUUUUUCAACUGUGAUAUAUGAAUCCAAAAUUUCAGAAAAGUAAAUGUGUUUGAAAUGGUUUAAAGGGGCAUGGUCGCGAUUUUGGUCAAAAAAUAUUUUUCCUAUUUUAAUAUUUACAAUGCUUCAGAGAGGCAUUUUUAAUAGGCAACCGGAAUUUGAGUGUCAUUAGUUGAGUUAUAAACAAGUUACAGAGCUUGAAAUUCUUUGCUAUGUAAACAAAGCGUUUGUUUACAUUUUGAACGUUGAAGUGAAAACUUCAGGUUUAAACCUAAAACGAAUGUGUUAAACGUUAGGAAUUGUUUAUCUAUGCCUAAUUACAUAAAAAGAUAGUCAAAUAAGCUGGAAAAAGAUUUUUUACUGGUAAAUUGAACCUAUGUAAACAAAAACAGGGCACGAGCCUUGUUUACAUGACAAAGAAUUGUGAGCCCUGUAUCUUGCUUGUAACUCUAUGAACGACUCUCAAAAUUUAUUUGAUCAUUAGAAAUGCAUUUUUAAAGCAUUGUAAAUAAUAACAAGUGAAAAGCUGUCAAUGUGACAGCAAACCGGGUUUUCUUUUAUGUGAACUGUAUCCAUAAUCCAUGUCAACACGUAUCCAGUGAAAUGGAGUACCCAAUAUGCAACAUUUUGCCAAAAAAUGACUAAGUUCAAAAGCUAGUAUUUUUUUCAUAAAUUAUCAGAAAUCAAAAUCCUAGCAAUAUGCACACCUCUGAUAUAUGUACAAUUGGUCUGCAAAAGAACAACUUCCUAUCUUGAGAAAUGUAGGAGGAGUUAUCCGUACAAUGAGGGUACCUUAUAUGCAAUAUUUUGCCAAAAAAUGACUAAGUUCAAAAGCUGGUAUUUUUUUUAUGAAUUAUCAGAAAUCAAAAUCCUACCAAUAUGCACACCUCUGAUAUAUGUACAACUGAUCUGCAAAAGAACAAUAUCCUAUCUAGAAAACUGUAGGAGGAGUUAUCCGUACAAUGAGGGUACCCUAUAUGCAAUAUUUUGCCAAAAAAUGACUAAGUUCAAAAGCUAGUAUUUUUUUGAUAAAUUAUUGGAAAUCAAAAUUCUAGCAAUAUGCACACCUCUGAUAUAUGUACAAUUGAUCUGCAAAAGAACAACUUCCUAUCUUGAAAACUGUAGGAGGAGUUAUCCGUACAAUGAGGGUACCCUUUUGGCAGCCGCCCGCCCGCCAUUUUCACUAUUUUAAUAACUGGAUUUUUCCGUUGGAAAACCCGGUUAAAAACAGAAAAAUAGAAUUUGGCCAAAAUCAUGACCAUGCCCCUUUAAUAUGUAAUUGCCGAAAUAUUCUCAUUUUGUUUCAGUAUAAAUUUACAUGUACGAAGUAUGUAUACCUGCUUUCUCUCUCUCUCUCUCUCUCUCUCUCUCUCUCUCUCUC